AUGGCCACUACUCUGACGCCCAAUCCGUUGAAACCGGAGCUUUGGUCGAUCAUCCCUCAAGAAGGUCUUGCAUUUCUCGGUGCCCAGACCGGUAUCUCAGACCCUGAGGAGCUCAAGAGACAUGCGAUCUCCGUACAAGAGGAGGCGUACUUGGUCCACCCGUACCCAUGCAUUUGCCGCUUCUCGUUCCUCCAAUUGAAUCUCUCCCGAUUGCCAGCGUACGCAAAGCUCCUGGCAAUCGGCAAAGAGCGCAAGAACCCGAUCUUCCUGGACAUCGGCUGCUGCUUCGGGAAUGACAUCCGCAAAGCGGUCGCAGACGGCUUCCCGAUGGAAGGCGUAAUCGGCUCGGAUCUUCACUCAGAGUACUGGGACCUCGGCCACAAGCUCUUCAAGACGACGUCCGAGACCUUCCCCGUCGCCUUCCUGCCCGGGGACGCCUUCGACCCCACCCAUCUCGAGGCCGCGCCUCCCAUACCCACCGCCUCCGAUGCCGCCACCGCGCCGUUCUCGCUGCCGCUGUGGACGGCGGGGCUCACGUCGCUGAACCCGCUGCGGGCGCGGGCCGCGGCGAUCCACGCCUCCUCCUUCUUCCACCUGUUCGACGAGGCGCAACAGCUGCACGUCGCGCGCGCGCUCGCGGGGCUGCUCGACCCCGCGCCGGGCUCCGUGAUCCUUGGGAGCCACGUCGGGCGGGCGGAGAAGGGGCUGCGGACGGAGGUGAGGCGCGCGAACUCGCACGGGCGGACGAUGUUCUGCCACUCGCCCGAGAGCUGGGCGGCGCUCUGGGACGGGGAGGUGUUCCCAAAGGGGGUGGUGGAGGUGGAGGCGACGCUGCACGAGGUGGUGAGGGAGGACUAUGAGCUGCAUGCGGCGCCGGAGACGAAGUUUUGGCUCUUGGUGUGGUCGGUGACCAGGGUUUGA